CAUUCUAGGGCUAACGUCUCUGUGUGGAGAGAACGCGGCUUCGAUCGAUUUCUUCCUUCCCGGCAGCGCUGCAGCGCGUAGUGAAUCGAGUCUCGGAUUAGAACAGCAUGAGUCGCUACGAUGGCCGCUACAGUGAUCCAUCCUCGUACCGAGACCGGAAAAGUGAUUUUGGAAGCAGCUAUGGCGGUGGAAGCCGGAAGAAGGAUUUCGAUUCCAUGGUCCUCCCGAAAGAGCAGUUCGACAAUUUGUCCCCGUUCGAGAAGAACUUUUACAUCGAGCAUCCAUCUGUGGCAGCGCUGACGGAUGACGAGGUUGUGGAUUUUCGGAGGCGAAAGGACAUCACCGUCCAGGGUAGAAAUGUCCCAAAGCCUGUCCGGAGUUUUGCCGAGGCUUCAUUUCCAGACUAUGUUCUCCAGGAAGUUCUCAAAGCCGGUUUCAAGGAGCCCACCGCCAUUCAAGCUCAAGGAUGGCCCAUGGCUUUGAAAGGGAGGGAUCUAGUAGGACUUGCAGAAACGGGAUCUGGGAAAACUCUUGCAUACCUUCUACCUGCAAUCGUCCAUGUAAAUGCACAGCCUUAUCUUGCACCCGGCGACGGUCCCAUUGUGCUGGUGCUAGCUCCUACACGGGAGUUGGCUGUUCAAAUUCAACAAGAGUCUGCUAAGUUUGGUUCCUCGUCAAAGAUCAAAAGCACUUGCAUUUAUGGUGGAGCUCCAAAGGGACCUCAGAUUCGUGACUUGCAAAGAGGGGUCGAAAUUGUCAUAGCUACCCCGGGACGCCUCAUCGACAUGCUUGAAGGCCGACAUACUAACCUUCGGAGGGUGACAUAUUUGGUGCUGGAUGAAGCUGAUAGAAUGCUGGACAUGGGCUUUGAGCCUCAAAUCAGAAAGAUAGUUGGACAGAUUAGGCCAGACCGCCAGACGCUCUACUGGAGCGCAACAUGGCCUAAAGAUGUCGAGCAGCUGGCUAAUCAAUUUUUGCAUGAUCCCUACAAGGUGACAAUAGGCUCUUCCUCUCUAAAGGCGAACCAUUCUAUCGCUCAGCAUGUUGAAGUUGUUAAUGACUACGAGAAGUAUCAAAAACUGAUCAAGUUGCUGGACGAGUUCAUGGAUGGAGGAAAGAUUCUCAUAUUCAUGGAAACGAAACGCGGAUGUGAUCAAGUAACUAAGCAGCUGCGAAUGGAAGGCUGGCCAGCUCUCUCUAUUCACGGGGACAAGAGCCAGGCAGAGCGCGACUGGGUUCUGUCCGAGUUUAAGACCGGCAAGAGCCCGAUCAUGACCGCAACUGACGUUGCAGCUCGCGGCCUAGAUGUCAAGGACAUCAGAUAUGUGAUCAACUACGACUUCCCUGGCUCUUGCGAGGACUACGUGCAUCGCAUCGGAAGAACAGGCCGAGCUGGUGCAAAGGGAACGGCGUACACGUUUUUCACCGUGUCAAACGCCAAGCACGCCAGGGAGCUGGUGUCCAUUCUCUCGGAGGCUGGGCAGCGUAUAACCCCGGAGCUCCAGUCGAUGGUGAAUUGCUCCAGAGGAUUUGGAGGAGGAGUUGGCUUUCGUGAUCGAGGCCGCGGAUUUGGAAGGGGCCCCGCGCAAUCUGGAUCGAAUGCUGUUCCUCUAGGCAGCAAUCGUCCCUGGGGUCGAUAGAUCGCGCUAGCGCUCGCGCUUUUUUACACUCGUUUUCUCCAAGUGGGAAAGAUUUUUGGUGUUGCAGCACUGAACUAAAGUUCUCCAAAAUAGAAUUUUAGAAAGA